ACACAACAAUUUUUGAAUCAUUCUGCCAUGAGUUCUUCCAAACAUAAUACGGAGAAAAUUUGGCAAGAGAUUUCCAAAAAAAGCGAGAAAGAACAGCGACAUAUAUUGGAAUGGCAAAUACAAGCAAGAGAAGCAAUAUAUGAAUUCUCCGAUAUAAAACCUGGGGAUCACUUGAUAAAAAAAUUUCAGAUGUUCGGGGAAAUCUGGUAUUACCAUCAUUUUUUGUGCAUUGACUCAAAUGAGGGAAAUCCGAUAAUUAUCCACUACACAAAUACAGGCAAGAAUGCAACAAAGCAGUUGUUUAAAACCGGAUCCUUUUCAUCUGGUUCAACACUCGGUCAAGUCGGUAUUGUACAAGAAAUGACUUUACCCCACAAAGAUUUCCUUUCAAAAGAAGAGCUGUUGCAAGAGAAAGGUCGUGAAGUCGAAAGAGUCGUUUGGCCAGAAGAAUUGAAACGAUUUUCAGUGGAAGAGGUGGCAAAGCGAGCAAGAAAAAGAAAAGACGAAAAAUUCUACGAUGUGGCGAAAAACAACUGUGAAAGUUUUGUGAUGUGGUGUUUAUGUGAUUUAAACAUCAGUCUUCAAGCAACCAGCCUAGUUUCAUUUUUUAUUGAUUACUGUAAAAGCAUGGUACGAGCUGGCUACCAAACUGUGCAGCAAAUCCCCAAAAUAGCUAUUGAAGUUGUUGAAAAGGUUUUAGGUCUUUCUACAUUUGGAAACAACAUUGAAUUUGUUGGAAAAGGUGGACUUUCAGGUCUUGGAUCCAUCUUUGGUAUUGGAAUAACAGCACUGGUAGAAGCAAUAAUGCUAUGUAUAAGAAUAAAAGAGUCAAAGAAGAAAUGGGACGAAGGACUUUUGAUCACAAAGAGAGAAGAGUUUAUCAAAGAAAUUGUGGAUGCAUCAAUAGGUUUUUCUUGUCGUGUGGGAGGAAGUAUUGGAGGAAUGUUCAUUGGUCAGUUUUUCAUACCAAUUCCAAUUCUUGGUGCUGUUGUAGGCAUGCUUGUUGGUACAUUUGCUGGCGAUUUCUUUGCAAAACAAAUAUCAAAAAGAAGUUCGGAAUGUGUUGCUUCUUUUCUCGAAAAACUCAUUAAAGAAAUGGAAAACAUAAAACAGGACUAA